UUUCUAUGUGUUAGAGAUGAGUGGUUCGUUUGCUAGUCAUUUUAUUCGACGAGUCAUUCAAAUUGAAAAGGAGAGAUUAUUGCAUAAACUCUGCCAAAGAAGGGUUUUAAAAUAUGUCGUUUUCACGAGACUGCCAAAAAGACCAAAAAUUUGUGCUGAAGGUACAGGACGACAAGACAACUCGUCUAAUAUUUCAGUGUUAUGUGAGGUACAUUUUGAUGCAAAAAUGAAGAUAGAGAGGAGACAUAAUUAUAUAUUGAUUUAUUACUUUUAUUAUUAUGCAAUUCUAUUCCUCAUUAGUUAUGUUUUGAAUGUAAAGUGA